UUAUGGUUCAUUUUCAGUCAAGCAUUCCUACGACUUUUGCUUGUUUGUUAAUUAUUUCGAGUUUUUUAGGUCGUUUUCCACGUUUUUAGAUAUGACAGUGUGUGAUAUAAGUGUUACGAUAGAGUGGCGCUGAUAUUAUUAAGUAAAAUACCGGUCUAUCAACAUGGAUGCCCCUACAAUGGACACUAUUUACCAGGCCAUAAGCGCCUUAUAUGAUAACCCCAACGUUGGCGAAAAAGAAAAGGCUUCGUUAUGGCUCGGAGAUAUGCAAAAAUCCAUACAUUCUUGGAAGAUAGCCGACGAACUACUACAAAAAAGAAAGGAUAUGAAUUCUUGCUACUUUGCUGCUCAAACGAUGAGGUCAAAGGUACAACACAGCUUGAAUGAGCUACCACCUGAUUCUCUUGUGUCCCUAAGAGACUCUCUGGUGGCACACCUGGAGCUCACAUCUCCAGAGACCAGUGCUUCAGUGCUCACGCAACUCUCUCUAGCAUUAGCAGAUCUAGCUCUACAAAUGCCACAAUGGCAAAACUGUAUUGGUGACCUAAUUAAAUCAUUUUCCAAUAAAAAUGAUUUUGCCCUCCUAGAAAUAUUAACUGUGUUACCUCAAGAGAUUGACUCACCUAGUUUAAAACUUGGUGAAAAUAGGAGGGAAGAAAUUAAAUCAGAAUUAAGGUCAAAUGCUCAUAUGGUAAAUAUAUUCUUAAAAGAAAGCAUCACAAACUUCCAAAACUCCCAUGUGACAUUAAAAGUGAUAAAGUGUAUGACAUCUUGGAUACAGGUGAAAGCAAUCAAUAUACAGGAAGUUCCACAGAAUGCUGUCAUAGGUUACAGUUUACAGAUUUUAAGGGAUCCUAAGACAAUAAAUACUUUGCAUGAUGCUGCAUCUGACUGCAUCACUGCAUUGCUGCACUGCUUAGAGGAGAAUAACAACAAUGACAAUAUUGAAAGACUGUUGUUUGAGAGUGUGUCUGGUCUGGAGGAGAGCUACCACAUGGCUGUGGCUUAUGAGGAGGAUGAGAAGGCUACCAACUAUGCAAGAAUAUUCACAGAGCUGGCUGAGACAUUUUUAGAGAAGAUUAUCAUUUCUAUGUCUGGAGGAUCAUCUCAUUUUGCCUUGAGGUCCUUGGAAUUAGCACUAGUGUGUGUUGGAAAUCAUGAUUAUGAGGUAGCAGAAAUAACUUUCAACCUAUGGUACCGGCUGUCAGAAGAAGUGUACCAGAGAGACUACCAGCCCUUGACUGAUGCCUUCAAGCCGCACAUAGAGAGACUGAUCGAAGGACUAGCGAGGCAUUGCCAGUGCGAGCCUGAUACACAACAGAUGCUGGAUGAGGGAGAUGAGUUCUAUGAAUUCCGCAGUAAAGCAAUGGGUUUGAUUAAAGAUGUGGUGUUCAUAGUGGGUUCCAGCUCAGUAUUCCGCCAAAUGUUCUCGGUGCUCAACCCUGAUAUCACUUGGGAGCAAACUGAAGCAGCACUCUUUGUUAUGCAAGCUGUUGCUAAGAAUAUACUGCCGGAGGAAUACGAGUAUGUUCCGAAAGUAGUGGAAGCAAUCCUGUCGAUGCCUGAAGGCACACACCUCGCUGUCAGGAAGACGUGCAUCCUCUUACUAGGAGAGUUAUGCGAGUGGAUAGAACGGCACUCCGAGUGUCUGGAGCCUUGUCUACAGUUCCUCACCAGAGCCCUACAUGAUAAGCAAUUGGCGUACUCUGCCGCUACAGCGCUACAGAACAUCUGCCGCGCCUGCAGGUCCCAGGCGGCCCAGCACGUGUCGGGCCUGCUCCGCGCGGCCGCGGCGGCCGACCAGCUCCCUCUCAACGCGCACGCCUCCGCAGCACUCAUGCGGGCACUCGCGUCUGCUAUAGGACGAUUGCCUAAUGAACAGCUAACUGUCGCAAUGCGUGAGGCCGUCGGCAUUCAGAUCAACGGCUUGUCGGAACUGAUGAAGUCGAAUGUGGAAAUAACCAAAGGUACGAGUAGCGACCCGACCGUCUGGCUGGACCGCAUGGCGGCUCUCUUCCGCGACGUCGACGUGCAAAGCUCACAGAUCACCGACACGCAUCCCUGCGUGCCCGCCUUGUCUGAUGCCUGGCCUGUGCUGCAGGAAGCACUGGAUAAGUACGCUUUGGACGGCCGCGUGAUGGAGCGUUGGUGCCGCUGCGUCCGGUUCGGAGUCCGCAUGGGCGGGCGGCGCGCGGCCGGGCUGGCGCCGGCGCUGGCGGCGCGCCUGCAGGCCAUGUACCGCGCGCGCCCGCACUCGUGCGUGCUGUACCUGGCGUCCGUGCUGCUGGACGAGCUGUCGGCCGAGCCCAGCGCCGUGCCGCCGCUCGUGCAGCUGCUGCAGGACGUCAUGCCGCGCGCCUUCCAUCUGCUGCAGCAGGACAACGGACUCAAGGAGAACCCUGACACUGUCGAUGAUCUCUUCAGGCUAUGUAUCCGAUUCUUACAACGUAUCCCACAAGAGUUCCUAUCAUCAGGUGCAUUUCCGACAGUGAUGCAAUGUGCCUCACUGGCAUGUUGCCUCGACCACCGGGAUGCGAACUCCUCCGUCAUGAAGUUCUUGUAUGACUUCACUAAGGUCGCCAACUCAACACGCUCUGACAAACAACAGAUCAAAGCUCUAGCAGACAAUGCUUUAACAACAUACGGCGAGGAGCUCACGUACCGGUUGAUGGAGGCGAGCGUCCUCCACCUGCACUCGUACAUGUUGUCGGAGGUGGCCGAGGUGAUGCUGGAGCUGCUGGAGUGGCAGAAGGCGUCCAGCCGCGACUGGCUGCAGCCGGCGCUGCAUCGACUGCCGCGCGACCGCCCCGCCGUCGCCACGCAGCAACAGUGCUGGCAGUUCCACCAGUACGCAAUGAGAGCGGAGAAAUGCAAGGAAAUGACUCGUCUACUGCGUGACUUCGCGAGAUUGUAUCGAUAGAAUACAGAUUAUAUUAUAAAACAUUAUAAUUAAACCAAACAACAGGACUGAGACUGAGUGACUAACCUUUCGACCUUAGUUCAGUGUAAUAAAGUUUUGAUUGAGUUGUAUCAAGUAUGAGACUAAACUAAAUUAGCGAAGUUAUUCUAAUACUUUAUUAGAUAAAACUAUGAUAUCUGUAUUGUGUAGCAACUUCUAACGCUCUGGGUCUGUGGCGAUUUGUGAUCAUAAACACAUCACAUAGUAAUUCAUGUGUCAAUAAACUUUAAUGUUUGUGUUUUACUUACAAGUUAUUUGUGAAAACUGACGUUUUUAGGUAGGUACUAAUUUUUUUUUUUACAUUUUUUUAACUAAUUGUAGUAUGUUCAUAUACAAUAUUAAUUAGUAUGUAUGAAUAUAAACAAUUCAAUUUAUCAUGGUAAUAACUAAAUUAAAAUCUAGUUAGAUAAUGUAGUUAGGCAGCUGAUGUGCUGAGUAUUUAUUAUAACCAGAUUCUUAACUCUUAUAACUGACACUCGUACAGUAUGAAAUUAUGGGCUUGGUUUAGGUUUUCUUUGGAUUGUCUUUCUGUCACAGUCGUCACAAGAUCUGAAGUGUAUUUAUCAUGAUAUUGUACUGUGUAGUUAGUAGAUGGUGCAGUUAGCACAUCUGAGCAAUAAUAAAUAAUUAAAUACAUAUUGUGAACUUAAACAAUGUCGUAGGUACGUCGUAUUGCCUGUUGCAUUUCUUGAUUACACUCGGUUUGAUGUUGCGUUCUCUAUAGUGGCAGAAAAAAUAAAUUAUUAAUUUAUAAAAACGUGAGAGUUAUGACGUAAUUUGACCAUUGUGUACUACACAGUCAGAACUAUUGUAAAAUGCGUAUUAUAGUUACGAGUUACUAAAAUAAUAUACAUGAUAUUCCUAAUGUUGAUGAUAUUUUCUUAUAACUGAAGGGUUUUCAGUUUAUCAUUCUGUCUAGCUUAUUCAGAAAUGACUAUUAGAGGACGUAACAAAACACAUGCUAACAUGAUUUAUGAUCAAACAUACGUCGCCGUCGUAACGUCCGAUCAGUAGGUAAGUAUCAACUUUGGAUUGAUGCAGAUAUAUUUUGUUAUAUUAUACUCACUUUUAUUUUGAAUGUGAUACUACGCAU